ACAUUGAUGAAGUCUCUGAUUAGUGAUUUUGCGCUGAUCUAGUGAUCUAGUGACCAACUUCUCACGGUAAUCGCAAGGAAAAAUCGCACAGAUUGUGUUUAAUUUAUCAACCUGUUCGGGGGUUCACCAUCUGUGAGUGUCAUCGUGUCAUCAUGACUCAACAAGAAUCUUAAAGCUGGUGAGGUCGUCUAGACACUUUGUUUCCUUUGAUAUCUGAAAAAACAGGAAGUGUUAAUAAUCGAAACGCCUGGCAGAUUAGAUACGAGUUCUCCCACACUGCUACUUUUUCACGAAAUGAAUCUCGACCAGCUCAACAACGACCAGAAAACUGUGUUAAAACAGUUUCGCGAGGCGGUGAAAGACUGCAAAUUACCUGAAUCGGACGAUGUCUACCUUCUACGAUGGCUCGUCGCGCGUGAUUUUGAUUUGGCCAAGUCGGAAAAGAUGCUCCGUAAUUCAAUGGAAUGGCGUCGCAAGUACAAAGUGGACACGAUUCUACAGGAUUACAAGACACCGGAAGUUCUGACCAAAUAUUUCGCCUCUGGUUACACGGGUGUGGAUAAGUUGAACAGCUACACGGUGGUUGUUCGAUAUGGGAUGAUGGAUUUGAAGGGCAUCCUGCUAUCAGCUAAGAAGAGGGACUAUUUGAUGCACGUUAUUGAAAUAGUGGAGAGAACCUUCUUCACGGUUAGAAAUAAUCCUAAGAAGUUUAAGAAGUCCCCCGAUUCGAUUGCCCAAUCUACCGUAAUAUUUGAUAUGGCCGGAUUCUCAAUGCGCCAUGUCACCUUCAAACCAGCGCUGGAUACGGCCAUUCAACUGGUCCAGUUGUACGAAGGAAACUACCCGGAAUUGCUCCGCCGUGUGUACGUGAUUAAUGCCCCAAAGAUCUUCUCCGUCCUGUUCUCUAUGCUGAAACCUUUCAUGCACGAGAAAACCAAAAACAAGAUUCAGAUCUACAGCCACGAUGCGAAACAAUGGAAAGCGGCCAUUCUGGAAGAUUUCGAUCCUGAAGAGUUACCUGCCUGCUACGGUGGAGCUAAGACUGAUCCCGAUGGAAAUCCUAAUUGCAUUACAAUGGUUAAUAUGGGAGGAGAAGUUCCUAGGUCGUAUUAUCUCAACGGGAAAUGUAAUAUUUCCGAUAAGAAGCCCCUAUCAAUUUGCAGUGGAUCAAAGGAGAAAUUAGAAUUUGAAAUCACGCAAGCUGGCUCCGUCCUAAAAUGGGAUUUUCAUUCCGACGAAAGCGAUAUCGCUUUUGCCAUUUAUCGGAAACAAGGAAGCGAGUUGAUUUCCAUCGUCCCUCAUGAUCGAGUGGAUUGUCACAUGUCACCGGAAGAGGGGGAAAUCUUUUGCGACUAUGUUGGCGUCUAUGUCGUCGAAUUCGACAACACCUUUAGCUAUUUACGCUCAAAGAAGAUUUGGUAUUCGAUCACGAUUGAAUCGUCGAAACCAGUUUGUCAGAAUGGCAACAACUUGGAUUAUUUAGAUGCAGAAAUCUGCAACUGAAUCAAUAAUGCGUUUGCCCGUUUAGAUAUCAAGGGUCAUAAUUUUGUUACUGAUUAAAAAACAACCAAAACAGG